GCCCCCAGCGCUGCCUUCCCAGCAAAUGGGGUUUCAUCUCUUGCACUCGCGCUCAGCAUGGCAGUGGACUGGCUCGGCUUUGGCUACGCCGCCCUGGUGGCAUCCGGAGGGCUCAUGGGCUAUGCAAAAGCAGGUAGUGUCCCAUCGCUAGCUGCUGGCCUUUUCUUUGGGAGUUUGGCUGGACUGGGUGCCUAUCAGCUCUCACAGAAUCCAAAUAAUGUUUGGAUUUCUCUGAUUACAUCUGGAACACUGACUGCUGUCAUGGGAACAAGAUUUUACAACUCUGGAAAAUUCAUGCCUGCAGGUCUAAUUGCUGGUGUCAGGUACAACACGUUUGCUAAUGGUUGGAAGAUUAGCACUGAAGAUGGUGGAAAAGCCACACGAUAAGUAACUGUUCGUUUUACAGCUUACUAUCUGGAUAAGGAAACCUGAUAAUGAAGUUGCAUGAAUGCAGAAGCAAGAAGAUGGAACAACUUUCUAUAUCAAGACAAUUUUUUUCCUUUUUUUAUAUAAGGGGGAGUAGAAUGAUGGGACAGAUACUUUACAUAAAAGGUGCCAUUUGUUUCAAUGAUCUGAUAGGGCUGCUAUUGUGUAGUGAGAAAUUGGUCCUGGGUUUGAUUUUUUUCCAUACACAUUUCAGUGUAUUUUAACACUUCCAGUUUUUAUAUUCCAAAAUAUACUGCUGACAUGUAUGAAGCAGAGAGGCCCUGUAAUUAAGAAAGUAUCCACAAAGAGGCACCAGCAGUAAUUGGCUAAACAUGACAGUCUAUCUCAUACCUUUCAUACUGACUAUUACAGUAUGCUCUACCUGUUGCAUUCUGAGUUGAUACACCAUGUCUGUAUAACUCCAGACAGAUCUUACCUUUUUAUUGUGAAAUUAUGCUAAAAUGUUGCUUUUCUACAAGUAAAAAUCUGCUACAAACCUU